AGAGGCCAUGUGAUGCUGGGCGCCAGCGAGCCGCCGCCGAGCCGCCUCCUUCCUCCUCGGAUCGCGGGCUGUCAUGGCGACCCCCAACAACCUGACCCCCACCAACUGCAGCUGGUGGCCCAUCUCGGCGCUGGAGAGCGAUGCAGCCAAGCCGGUGGAGACCCCCGACGCGACCGAGGCAUCCAGCCCCGCCCAUUGGCCCAAGGAGAGCCUGGUUCUGUACCACUGGACCCAGUCCUUCAGCUCGCAGAAGGUGCGGCUGGUGAUCGCUGAGAAGGGCCUGGCCUGUGAAGAGAGAGAUGUGAGCCUGCCUCAGAGUGAGCAUAAGGAACCGUGGUUCAUGCGGCUCAACUUGGGUGAGGAGGUCCCAGUCAUUAUCCACAGAGACAACAUUAUCAGUGACUACGACCAGAUCAUUGACUACGUGGAACGCACCUUCACAGGAGAGCAUGUGGUGGCCUUGAUGCCCGAGGUGGGCAGCCCACAACACGCCCGAGUGUUGCAGUACCGGGAGCUGCUGGAUGCACUGCCCAUGGACGCCUACACACACGGCUGCAUCCUGCACCCUGAGCUCACCACAGAUUCCAUGAUCCCCAAGUAUGCCACGGCUGAGAUCCGCAGACAUUUAGCCAACGCCACCACAGACCUCAUGAAACUGGACCACGAGGAGGAACCACAGCUCUCUGAGCCCUACCUUUCUAAACAGAAGAAGCUUAUGGCCAAGAUCCUGGAGCAUGAUGAUGUGAGCUACCUGAAGAAGAUCCUCGGGGAGCUGGCUAUGGUGCUGGACCAGAUCGAGGCGGAGCUGGAGAAGAGGAAACUGGAGAAUGAGGGGCAGACAUGCGAGCUGUGGCUCUGUGGCUGUGCCUUCACCCUGGCGGAUGUCCUCCUGGGAGCCACCCUGCACCGCCUCAAGUUCCUGGGACUGUCCAAGAAAUACUGGGAAGACGGCAGCCGGCCCAACCUGCAGUCCUUCUUUGAGAGGGUCCAGAGACGCUUUGCCUUCCGGAAAGUCCUGGGCGACAUCCACACCACUCUGCUGUCAGCCGUUAUCCCCAACGCGUUCCGGCUGGUCAAGCGGAAACCACCAUCCUUCUUUGGGGCAUCCUUCCUCAUGGGCUCCCUGGGUGGGAUGGGCUACUUUGCCUACUGGUACCUCAAGAAAAAAUACAUCUAGAGCUGGGCUAGGGCCUGGUGUGUGACUGGCGGUGUCUCUGUGCUGUGUGCUUCCCAAAUCCUUCUCAGUUACUCACUGUCCCAUGAGCACUGGACAGACCUUCCUGCCCCUUCUUCCUAGUAAUUCUAUUGUCACUGUGACAACAUUCCAUAGUUUAGAAGUAGACAUUGUCAACGCCGUGAUUUGAGGCCAUGGCUCUACCAGAGGACAGAGAGAGAAAGCGAGAGAAAGGAAAUCCAAAUGUCUUUUCUUCUGAUUCAAAGACUCAAGACGUUACUGUGGGGACUGGUUAGGAUUUGAGGUGAGUCCCAGAAUGUUCCACCCGGCAGGGCCCAGGUUCUGGGAGGUGCUGGGGACUCAGAAGGCCUGACCCCAGCCUCCCGUUCCCUCUUGGCAGGGACCUCUUCUAUAGGACAAAGCCAACAUGGAGACCCGACUCAUCUAACCAGUACCUCUGUCUGGGACUGGAGAGCCAGAGUCCCCGUGGAAAGUCUCUGAAGACCAGAAGGGGUCUCAUUCUUCUCCUGGACAUGGACUGAGACAGCAGUGGCUCAAGCCAAGCAGUGGCACCCUAAAACCCAUCUCUGGCUGGGAUCAACUAAUUCCAUGGGCACACCCUUUACCCCUUUCCUCCUUGUUGGCCAGCUGGUGAAGGUUGGCACUUAACCUAGAAAUCCUGAGGCAGCAGCCAUCAGCCACUCCUACCUUGAGUUGAGUCCCCACCCUUCAUGGUGGGCCUCUCAGCAAAAGCCAUGUUGACCUUCCCUCCCAAGGUCAGCCUCAGCUCAAGAACAGGGGUGCCUCCCUCACAGUCUCCACCUCUGAAGGUCCUUCUCAGCUCACGAGCGGGGGUGCAUCCCUCACGUCCUCUGCCUUCCCUCCACCCCCACCCCCCCAGAAACUCUUCAUACUGCAUGCAGUGGGGUCUCUCCUCCACACUGCUCCCCGGGUCUCACUUUCCUGUGCCUUCUGCAUGUUGGGAAAGGGUCUGGGUGUCACUGCUGCUCGUGCUUAGAGUCCCCAAUAAAGCAUCCAGGAGGA